AUGAUCCCAGCGCCGGUAUCGCAAGGGCAUGGCGUAAGGGUGACGGUGCCAGCGUCAGCGCUAGAUACGGCACCGCGUGAGGCUUCUUCGAUAUCAUAUGCCGCGCUCAUGGGUACGCCGGCGCGGAUUGAACCGAGCAUUGCUCCGAUUCAGUCUGCCGAAUCGAUUCGUGCGUGGGUCCGCGACGUCAUAUACAAGCCGAACCCAGAACGCACAUACCGCAUCCGCGAGCCGCCUGCAGACCGGCCGGUUCGUAUCUAUGCAGAUGGCGUAUACGAUCUUUUUCACUACGCACACGCACUGCAACUCCGGCAAGCCAAACUUUCCUUCCCUAAUGUCCAUCUCAUUGUCGGUGUGGUGUCGUCGAGUUUGUGUGAGCAGCACAAAAACCGGCCUCUGCUUGAGUCGGCAGAGCGGUACGAGGCCGUGCGCAACUGCCGCUGGGUCGAUGAAGUCGUCGAAGAUGCGCCGUGGGUCAUUGACGAAGCCUUUAUGAACAAGCUGCAGAUUGACUAUGUGGCCCAUGAUGAGUUGCCCUAUGCCAUGGCCACGAACGACGACGUAUACGACUGGAUCAAGAAGAAUGGCCAAUUCCUUCCGACACGUCGCACCGAGGGUGUCAGUACGAGCGACCUAGUCGCACGCAUUGUAUCUUUGUAUCGUGGUGGCGAGCUGGAUGCCAAGUUGACCAAGAUGGGCGAGGAAGCGCUGACCACCUCGAGCCCCAUGUAG